AUGGCCACUUCAUUAACACCUGACGCUGAAGUUGACCCGAAAGUCCUCGUCCAGCGCGCUUUAGUAGCAAAUCAACAGCUCCAACGAUAUCUCACCCAGCGAGCUGGUGAAUUGGAGGCCGAGUUGGCUGAAGCAGAUAAAUUGCUGGAGCAACUAGAAAUCAAUGAAGUAGAUGAUGAAAUCGAGGACGAAAUCCAUGUACCGGGCGCUUCCAGGCCGGCAGGUUUCUUUCUACCGAAGGAGUACCUAGACAGUGAAUCUCCCUUUCGCGAGGAUGCCCUCGCACGGAAUGAAUACGCAGCCCGCAUUACCCCACGGUCCAUGAAUCCCAAGGAACUGGAAGUACUCAAAGCGUCUGUCCGGGCUGAGAACAUGCGUCUCCAAGCGUGUCGAGCACAAGCGGGCAUCACUACACCUAUAGACCUCGAUAAAAACGUUGAGGGCAUAGAUUGGGGCACGGUAGCUGAACGAGUUUCCGACGUUUCAACCUACAAAUACUCGAGCGAAGAAUGUCGAAUUCGCUGGAUCGGGGACCAACAUCCUUCCAUCAACCAUUCAGACUGGACCUCCUCCGAACACAAAACACUAGCAGAGCUAGCAGACAGUGCUAGAAAGUCUAACCCGAAUGGCCGAGUGGAUUGGGUCGAGAUAGCCAAACAACUUGGGACGAAUAGAACGCCCUUAGCUGUAAUGUCCAAAUCAGUUGCCCGGACACGGCACACAUGGGACGCAAAGUCCGACCGCGCACUCCUCGAAUCAGUCGACAUAUACGGGAUCAACAACUGGAUGUCAGUGGCCCAACACGUCUCCCCCCACGCAACCCAUACUCAAUGUCAGGGACGCUACUACAAAUCCCUCGACCCAUCCAUUAAACGCGGAGCUUGGACACCCGAAGAAGAUGCGCGUCUCACAAAGCUUGUCGCAUCCCUUGGUUCUGCUUGGGUCAAAGUGGCCGAAUUCAUGCCUGGGCGUACGAACGAUCAGUGCCACGAAAGAUGGACUGAAGGCAUGAACUCUAGUUCGUCGAAGAAUGUAUGGACUGAAGAGGAGGAUAGACGACUAAAGGAGCUUGUAGCGUCCAUGGGCAACUCUUGGAAAGCUAUUAGCACGCAGAUUGGGAAUGGAAAGACGGGGCCUAGCUGUCGGGCGAGAUUCACUAAACUGUCGAAAUCUACCACGCCAACCGCAGCUAGUACAUUGGCCCUUAUGGACGGAGACCAACCGACAACUACCACAGGUCAAAGUAGCCCUUCUGCCCCACUUGUUCAACCAGUAGGUUCGAUGCUGGCAGAGCCCUCGGGCUCGAACCAGGAAAGCUCCACUUCUGCCAAAAAGCGACGAGAAGAUGCCCCUGUAGCUCCCGCGGCGAAGAGGAGGAAGAUCGCACCAGGCUCCUCUGAAGAGCCUUCAGCCGAAAGCGAUGCCAUGACACCCAAGCCUACCCCAGGGAGUAAACCUCGCCCGAGGCCCCGUCCUACCACAACUGUAGCGAAGAAAUAA